AUGAUUGAACCACAGGAUUGCGACGACGGUGAUGAACAUGAAACCCUGCCAUUACCGACCCUACCCCCUAUGCCACGAGAGCGGGUCUCGUUGCAGAAGAGCAGCAUAUGCUCCCGCUCUUACUUCAUGGUGGUGAUGGUCUUUUUCCAUGUAUACAUCAUCAAUGUCAUUGUGCUACUCCUAUAUGUGCACUACAACAACGGCCCAGGAGACGUACUGGCCACCCCGAACAGGGAUGAGGCAAGCAGGGGAAGCAAUCAUCACAAACCGCCCGAGUCCCAUCAGCAACAGUCAGAUUCUGCCUUUCAUCGGGACAUGUACCUUCUACGCCUAGAGGGCAUACGGGUGAGAUAAGGAUGCACUUGUAAUUAUGUGUCUGUUUAGCCCAGAGCUCAACCUUACAUGUGCAUUUAAGUCAUUUAGCAGACGCUCUUAUCCAGAGCGACUUACAAAUUGGUGCAUUCAAUUUAGGAUAGCCAGUGGGACAACCACCCUUCUUUUUUUUUAUGAGGGGGAGGGGAGGAGGGGUAGAAGGAUUACUCUUAUACUAUUCCAGGUAUUCCUUAAAGAGGUAGGGUUUCAAGUGUCUCCAGAAGGUGGUCAGUGACUCCGCUGUCCUGGCGUCGUGGGGGAGCUUGUUCCACCAUUGGGGUGCCAGAGCAGCGAAUAGCUUUGACUGGGCUGAGCGGGAUCUGUGCUUCCGUAGAGGUAGGGGGUCUAGCAGGCCAGAGGUGGAUGAACGUAGUGCCCUCUUUGGGUGUAGGGUCUGAUCAAAGCCUGAAGGUAAUGAGGUGCUGUUCCCCUCGCAAGCACCAUGGUUUUGUAGUAGAUGCGAGCUUCAACUGGAAGCCAGUGGAGUGUGCGGAGGAGCGGGGUGACAUGAGAGAACUUGGGAAGGUUGAACACCAGACGGGCUGCAGCGUUCUGGAUAAGUUGUAGGGGUUUAAUGGCACAGGCAGGGAACUUACAGACAGUAGUUGUAUAAUAAGCCUCAGCGCUGGGCUAGUGUCAGUUGUGCUAUUCUACUUCCAUAUGAAUGGCGGGUUCCAUGUAAUCUUGAAGGCGUGAAGUUAUAGUCACAGUGUUUUGUCUCUCAGGUGGGCCAUGUCCAGAAGGUGUCACUGGUGCCAGACAAAGUGCAUGAAAUGCGGACCCUGAGCCUGAAGCCCCUGCUGUUUGGUGAGAGCUCUGCUACUAAACUUCUGCUCUGCAUUGCAGCCCUCUGCACGGAGUCAGUGUCUGAUGCUGUCAUUGCUCUCCAAGGUUCUGUGUUUACAUUGUGUAUGAAGCCUAAUGUUUGUGUGUGUGCAUCUGCAUGUGUGUGAACACCUACGCGUGUGUGUGCUGUGUGUGUAUCUGUCUCUCCAGAGAUACCAGGGUUCCUGUCUGAGGAGGAGUGUCGUGUGGUGGUCCAGCUGGCCCAGCUGAAGGGCCUGAUGGAGAGCCAGGUGAUGGUGCCUGAAGGACAGGAGGAGCUGACGGAGCAGCUCAACCUCAGCCCUGAGGAGAUUUUCAACCUGCUGGACCUCAACCAGGAUGGACAGCUACAACUCCAGGAGGUGGGUGGCUGGGCAAACAGGCAUGUGUGUGUCUGUGAGCGAAGUGAAGUAAGUAACCUUGCACAAGCCUUGGUUUAUGCGAGUCGGAACAGAUCAUAGUAGCAGGAUCCUAUCUCCUGUUUCUCUAGCAUGAGGCAGCUUGAUGUACAAGUACACCCACUGGACAGAACAAUAGUCUAUAACAAGGCCUCACCCCCAAUCUAUCUCCUUAAUGCUGAGUGCCAAGCAGAGACUCACAUUUUUACAGUCCUUCCAAUCUCAGGGCGGACACUCUAACCACAAGGCCACUGAGUGGUGGGGCUGUGUACUGUGGCAGCAAAAUAUCAAUUUAUUAUGUUCCUUUAUAAUGGAUCAAUAAAGAUGUAUUGUAUUAUCUUCUAUAUGUGUGUGUAAUGUGUGCUUUAUGUAUGUGUUUCCUGGGCCUUCUACAGAUAUUGACACAUUCACGAGUGAGGGAUGGGAUCUGGCUGACACCUGAGGAUCUGAGAGAGAUCUAUGCUGGACUGAAGGCUGACCCUGACGGUAACGGUAAGAGACUGUUAUUCUCAGCAAGGCCUCUCUGAUAGUUAGGCCCCUCUAUCUCUAUGCAUACAGAGCUAACUAAUCCAUAACUAAUCCAUAACACCAACAGAACACAACCACUAUAAUCUGUCUGUGACACCAAGUCAAAUUGACAGCCAGUUCCAGGGAACAAGCAUGAAAAUAAAAAGUUGUAUUCUUUGCACAGGGACAAUGAUCAUCCACAGCAACAACAUUUCCACAAGCUUAUUUUUGUCAGGCUCCUCAUAUAGAUAUACCUGUAGCUAAGUGACCCCUGUCUGUGUUUCUUUGUGAGAUCUAUCUGACCCCUGUGUGUCUGUGACCCCUGUCAAUCUGUCUGUGUGUGUCUGCAUUAGGCCUGCUGAGCCUGGAGGAGUUCAGGAGUCUGGGCAGUGAUGCGUUCCAGCGGUUCUUGCAGCAGCGCGGGGUGAAGAGCAGCCAGCUGGUCAGGAACAGCAGACACACCUGGCUGUACCAGGGAAAGGGGGCACACCAGGUCCUCCGAGACCUCAAGAAGAGGUGAGGAGAGCAUCACUGUCAAAUGUUGUCCUGGCCUCGAAGUCUCGCCUCUGCACUGGCCUCUCUAUCUCUCCUCUCUAUCCUCUAUUCCCUCUGUUACGUUACUAUUCCAAAUGUUUUAAUGACAUCUAGUUUUGUAUGAAAAGAGUGGUGGGAUUUUACUGAUAUUGUUCGAAUCGCAUGUGUAUAGAUAAAAACACUGGCAUAGAGGAUUUUUUUUUUUUAAAGCCAAGUAUACUGAACAAAAAUAUAAAUGCAACAAUUUAAAUGAUUUUACUGAGUUACAGUUCAGAUAAGGAAAUCAGUCAAUUGAAAUACAUUCAUUAGGCCCUAAUAUAUGGAUUUCACAUGACUGGGCAGGGGUGCAGCCCCCAGGUCCACCCACUGGGGAUUGGCCCAGCCAAUCAUAAUGAGUUUUUCCCCACAAAAGGGCUUUAUUACAGACAGAAAUACUCCUCAGUUUCAUCAGCUGUCCGGGUGGCUGGUCUCAGAAGAUCCCACAGGUGAAGAAGCCGGAUGUGGAGGUCCUGGGCUGGCGUGGUUACACAUGGUCUGUGGUUGUGAGGACGGUUGGACGUACUGCCAAAUUCCCUAAAACAACGUUGGAGGUGGCUUAUGGUAGACAAAUGAACAUUCAAUUCUCUGGCAACAGCUCUGGUGGACAUUCCUGCAGUCAGCAUGCCAAUUGUGCGCUCCCUCAAAAUUGAGACCUCUGUGGCAUUGUGUUGUGACAAAACUACACAUUUAAGAGUGGCCUUUUAUUGUCCCCAGCACAAGGUGCACCUGUGUAAUGAUCAUGCUGUUUAAUCAGCUUCUUGAUAUGCCACACCUGUCAGAUGGAUGGAUUAUCUUGGCAAAGGAGAAAUUCUCACUAACAGGGAUAUAAACACAUUUGUGCACAACAUUUGAGAGAAAUACGCUUUUUGUUUCUGGGAUCUUUUAUUUCAGAUCAUGAAAAACGGGACCAAUACUUUACAUGUUGCGUUUAUUUUUUUGUUCAGUAUAUGUUCGAAUGCAUGAAUAAAUACGGUCAGAAUAAACACCAUGGCCAAGGUUAUUGGAAUCUGAUGUUAAGGAUUUUUGUCCCUCCCUCGCUCUCUCUCUUCUCUCUCUCUCUCUCCUCCCUAGGGUGACCCGUCUGACCCGGCUGCCCUCUACGUUGGUGGAUCUGAGUGAGCCCCUCCAGGUGGUGCGUUAUGAGCAGGGGGGUCACUACCACGCCCACCACGACAGCGGCCCUGUCUACCCUGAGACAGCCUGCACACACACACGCCUCGCUGCCAACACCUCCACACCCUUCGAGACCUCCUGCAGGUGAGAGAGAGCUGUGUUGAGUCAGCCAAGCCUUGUUCUUGGCCUUGUUUUAAUAAUACUAUAUAUUUAUAAUUCUGAUUAGAUGUCUUUUAGAUUAAGAUGAUUAGAUUGAGUUAUUGUGUGAUAAUAUACUGUAACAUCUGUGUACGUUAGGUGGAUGUGUUUGUGGUAAACUAUGUGUUUUAUGGCUUUGUUUAACUUAGCGCAUAUAAAUAUAUCAGUUUGUUUGUGACUUAGGCUUACAUAUCCAUGGUGUUGUUGGUCUGCGUGUGUAGGUGUGUUCCAGUAUGUGUGUGUAUUAAAUGUGUGUGUUGCACACCCAGGUACAUCACAGUUCUCUUCUACCUAAACUCUGUUGAGGGGGGUGGGGAGACCGCGUUCCCUGUGGCAGACAACAGGACAUAUGAGGAAGUGGUGCGUUAUUUACUCUGUGUGGCUGUGUGUGCGUUCUUGUUUGUUUAUAUCAAUCUAUAUUACCAUUUGCGUAUUUGUCUGUAUAUAGGUACAGCUGUAUGUGUAUCUGUAUGUUUUUGUCAAUGGGAUUAAUGAGUGAUUAUGUGUGCAGGGCUUGACAUUAACGCUUGUCCUGUUGUCCGGGACAAUUAAAAGAACUAGUCGGACAAGAAGAAUAUAGAUUUAAGUUUGAAAGUCUGAAAGUAAUACAAAUCACAAUAUCAAACAAUUACUCCGAUCAGAAUUAGAUCAGAGAGGCCAACAUUGGAAUAAUAUUCAAAUCUAUUUUUCAUGUACAUAAAUAAAAAACUCUACAUGUCAAAAUGUAGGUGAUAUGCAUAUUGGCUACAGCCUCAUGUCCAACCCGAUGCUGACAUGAGGGAGGCGCCAGAAAAUGUAUCCAAACUUUAAUAAGACUUUUAAUUACAUAAAUAUAGGCUAAGCUCCAGUCAUGUUUGACAAAUAUAGGCUAAUGAAGGAUAAUUAACAUUAACGUUUAAAGACUUGAUUCUGUCGACAAACUCGAGGCUCGGUUCGUUCAGAUCAAAUGGUAAAAAGAGCGGAGACUGAAGGACAGUGCCUGUUGUGCACCGCACACCACUCAUCUUGAAUCUGAGCUGAAGAGCAUUUUGAAACGAUUUAACCAUAAACUUAAUUGUUUAAAACCUAGACGUUUUAUGUCAUUUUACGACCAUAGAAAUGUUGAGGGAAUUAUUUUAUUAACACUUAAUAUACCAUUGAAACCAGCAUUCUUCUCACGUUCUAUUCGAUUUCAAAUCAACUUUAUUUUAUUGUCCAGCAGCCAAAACCAUAAUCCUAGUCAUAUUAGUAACCCAUGCUAGUUGAUGCAUCUUUAGAUCUCCCCUUUCUUAAUUUCUAACGGAUAUUUUAAUCUCUGUCAAAUUAAACCGCUCGCGCAUGUGGUGCGCUUUUGAGAAAGGUGUUUCCCUCGCUUGCAACGCCAGGGUUGUGGGUUCGUUUCCCACGGGGGGCCAGUAUGAAAAAUGUAUGCACUCACUAACUGUAAGUUGCUCUGGAUAAGAGCGUCUGCUAAAUGACUAAAAUGUCAAAUGUAAUUGCAUUUUGGAACAUUCACGCAAAGUUUACAGCCAUUUGUGCAUUGUUGAGUUUAUAAUAUGAAGAAAUAAAACGUUAUCAACAUUUUAAGCUAAACGGUCUGAUGCAUCAGCCUCAUUGCUAUUUUUAUUUUUUUAUGUGCAGUGGUCUGUUUUGAAUUGUAGACAUCUUUUUUUAUUGUCACAGGGACGAUGGGACGCCCUUAAUUUCGAGCCCCGGAGGGAAUUAUUUUAUAAAGACAUAAAAAGUAUUUGGUUGUAAUUGUAUUGUUGCAAUAUUUGGUAACACUUUACUUUACACCCAGUGUCAUAAUACGUUAUGACACGGUCAUAACCAUGUCAUAAUAUGUCGUAACUGCUGACAUAACUUGUCAUAAUAUGGUUAUAACAAUUUCAUGACCCAUAUAUUUACACCUGUUGUGACAUAUAUUGCAUUAUUUUAUGGCUUCUUAUGACAACUACAGUCGUGGUCAAAAGUUUUGAGAAUGGCACAAGUAUUGGUCUUCACAAAGUUCGCUGCUUCAGUGUUAUGAGAUAUUUUUGUCAGAUGUUACUAUGGUAUACUGAAGUAUAAUUACAAGCAUUCCAUAAGUGUCAAAGGCUUUUAUUAACAAUUACAUAAAGUUUAUGCAAAGAGUCAAUAUUUGCAGUGUUGACCCUUCUUUUUUUAGACCUCUGCAAUCCGCCCUGGCAUGCUGUCAAUUAACUUCUGGGCCACAUCCUGACUGAUGGCAGCCCAUUCUUGCAUAAUCAAUGCUUGGAGUUCGUCAGAAUCUGUUGGUUUUUGUUUGUCCACCCACCUCUUGAGGAUCGACCACAAGUUCUCAAUGGGAUUAAGGUCUGGGGAGUUUCAUGGCCAUGGACACAAAAUGUCGAUGUUUUGUUCCCCGAGCCACUUAGUUAUCACUUUUGCCUUAUGGCAAGGUGCUCCAUCAUGCUGGAAAAGGCAUUGGUCGUCACCAAACUGUUCUUGGAUGGUUGGGAGAAGUUGCUCUCGGAGGAUGUGUUGGUAUCAUUCUUUAUUCAUGGCUGUGUUCUUAGGCAAAAUUGUGAGUGAGCCCACUCCCUUGGCUGAGAAGCAACCCCACACAUGAAUGGUCUCAGGAUGCUUUACUGUUGGCAUGACACAGGACUGAUGGUAGCGCUCACCUUGUCUCCUCUGGACAAGGUGUUUUCCGGAUGCUCCAAACAAUCGCAAAGGGAAUUCAUCAGAGAAAAUGACUUUACCCCAGUCCUCAGCAGUCCAAUCCCUGUACCUUUUGCAGAAAAUCAGUCUGUCCCUGAUGUUUUUCCUGGAGAGAAGUGGCUUCUUUGCUGCCCUUCUUGACACCAGGCCAUCCUCCAAAAGUAUUCGCCUCACUGUGUGUGCAGAUGCACUCACACCUGCCUGCUGCCAUUCCUGAGCAAGCUCUGCACUGGUGGUGCCCUGAUCCCGCAGCUGAAUCAACUUUAGGAGACGGUCCUGGCGCUUGCUGGACUUUCUUGGGCGCCCUGACGCCUUCUUCACAACAGUUGAACCUCUCUCCUUGAAGUUCUUCAUGAUCCGAUAAAUGGUUGAUUUAGGUGCAAUCUUACUAGCAGCAAUAUCCUUGCCUGUGAAGCCCUUUUUGUGCAAAGCAAUGAUAACGGCACGUGUUUCCUUGCAGGUAACCAUGGAUAACAGAGGAAGAACAAGGAUUUCAAGCACCACCCUCCUUUUAAAGCUUCCAGUCUGUUAUUCUAACUCAAUCAGCAUGACAGAGUGAUCUCCAGCCUUGUCCUCGUCAACACUCUCACCUGUGUUAACGAGAGAAUCACUGACAUGAUGUCAGCUGGUCCUUUUGUGGUAGGGCUGAAAUGCAGUGGAAAUGUUUUUUGGGGAUUAAGUUCAGCUUCAUGGCAAAGAGGGAAUUUGCAAUUAAUUGCAAUUCAUCUGAUCACUCUUCAUGACAUUCUGGAGUAUAUGCAAAUUGCCAUCAUCAAAACUGAGGCAGCAGACUUUGUGAAAAUUAGGAUUUGUGUCAUUCUCAAAACUUUUGACCACGACUGUACAUAAGAGUGUCAAAACCCACAUUUAUUCCAAUUAAUUUUUUCCCUGUCAAGUUUGUUUCUUAAAUCCUUUGUUGUUGUUAUGUUUAUUUAAAUAAAUGUUUUUUUGAAUAAACUCAUUUGAUUAAAUGUGGGUUUUGACACUCUUAUGUAGGUGUUAUAACCAGCCAUAAAAUAACGCAACAGGUGUAAAUAUAUGGCUCCUGAUUGUGUUAUGACCAUAUUAUGACAGGUUAUGACAAGUUAUGUCAGCUGUUAUGACAUAUUAUGACAUAGUUAUGAACGUGUCAUAACGUGUUAUGACACUGGGUGUCAAGUAAAGUGUUACCCAAUAUUUUAUAGGCUACCAAGGGUGGCCAACCAUCCUCCAGGAGAGCCUUAAAAGGGUAGUGUUGUAUUUUGAGACAGGCUUGAAUAUGCAAAGAAGCCAAUAGGCAGAGUGUAGCCCAAAUCUUUGUCUGAUUCUCUAUGGUAAAAUAGAUAGUAAUGCUUUUGUUUUUAUAAAGUGGUUCCUUGCAUCAUACAAUGAUGUAAAAAUGGUGUUAGACCAUAUAUUAUUUUGGGACAAGUGACAAAGUUAAUGUCAAGCCCUGGUGUGUAUGUUUUUGUUUUCAGUCUCUGAUUCAGAACGAUGUGGAUCUUAUGGACACGAGGAAGAACUGUGAUAAGAGCAACCUGAGGGUGAAGCCUAUUAAAGGGACAGCUGUGUUCUGGUACAAUUACCUCUCUGACGGACAAGGUACAGACUGUACAGACAUAGCAUGACCCUUCUAUAUACACACUACUACAGCUUCAUUACUGCCCCUCAGACAGGACACACAACUUAUUAUACACACAUAGCAAUUUAUCCCAUUUUAUUCAAUCACUGCUGUUCAGGUCCUUAUUUAAAAACUGAAGCAUGUAUAGUUUUGAUAAAAGUUAUGUCCACUGUUGUAGAAAUUAAUUGAAAGAUAAUAUUCCUAUUAGUCCACAUGGUAGUUAUCAGUUCUGCUGUUAUCAGAGCUGCUUUUGAUUACACAUACUAACUGUUCUCUGUUCCCAACAGGCUGGGUGGGGGAGCAGGAUGAGUACUCUCUGCACGGCGGCUGUGUGGUCACCCGCGGGACUAAGUGGGUGGCCAAUAACUGGAUCAACAUCGACCCGGAUUACCAGCGCCAGGCUCGCUACCAGCAGCUGGUGUCACAGCAGGGGGAGGAGGACGCAGAGGACGAGGGGGAGCAGUCUCAGACCAGCCCUGAACAACUGCACACUGCUGACUCCCAUCAGGAACUGUAG